ACGCGCCGCGGCCGCGAGCUCGGAAUCGCGAGCCAUGUCACACGCCGCGCACACCCGCGACAUAAACGCGAUCCGAACAACGCACGGAAUCGAUCCGAUCUCGGCACUUCAGUGCGGUGCAGCGGUGGUGCAAUUACACGGUGCAUACCUACCUCUAAUAUAUCGUGUACAACACGUCACACGCGUUAUACAUACUACAGGUACACCGCCCCGGAACAGUGCAAAUACGCACCCAAUAUAUUAUUAUGGCCGAUUAUUCAGCACUGGCCGUGCUGUUCGUCUCGCUGUCCAUAUUCGUGUUCUUCAAGUAUUGCCUGGGCAAUCCGCACGGCGACGGGCUGGACGAGUUCCGUUACGACAACGCCACCAGGCCCGUGCUCCAGCACGUGGUGUACGACGAGUUCGCCGGGUCCGCAAGCGCCCAACUGCAGUUCGUCUGAUGCCGCGGAACACGAUGCUUGGAUCACACGCAGCGCCGCUUCUUUUAUACAAACGACAACUUACUCGUUUGGACUAAAUCCACACCCGGCGUCUCGAAGAAUUGAGAAGUCUGAAUAAUUAUCAACGACUGAAUGACAUCCAGUUCGAUGUGGUUUCCAUUACUAUUAAUUGCCCGACUUGGAAACGAAAUUCCGGAGUUAUUCGUAUACACUGCUUGUACGCCACCUGCAGUACCUACUACCAGACUAUGGCUAACCCGAAAUGACAACUAUUCCAGACAACUACGCUGUUCUAAACAAACGCCUUCGUCAUGCUUCGAAAAAUAAAUAUUUUUUCCAAUAAUAAUAAUUACCUAUAUAUAGGUAGGUACUAUUAUCAUUAAAAUAUUAAACCUAUCGCAGGAACGUGACAGAGAAAAAACUGCCAAACGGUACUACGAUCAAAAUAAAUGAAGAAUGAAGAUUUCAUAUACCUUUUAUAGUCUCAUACAAAAAACACACGAUAUAAUUUCCACCUCAUUGCAUCAUACAUCGCUAUAAAAUCGUUUUAAAUAACAGUUUGGUGCAGCUCGCUAGUUGUAUCAAUUCAUGAUUCAUAUUGUAUAAAAUAGUUUUAAAUAUUUCAAACUAUUGAAGUAUUGUCAUUUGAAAUUAUACCUGUAGAUAUAGAUUUAACAAAUAUAAUAUGACUGUAUUAUUAUAACCAUUGUAAACGAAUUUCAUUUUCAUUGUUUCAAAGUUCAAAUAUAGAGACAACGACCGACAGUCUUAACUAUAUAUUAUCACUUAUUCUCAUUACAACAUACGUUUUCAUUUUUAUAAUAUUGUACUAUUAUUGUUAUUUACGUGUAUACCUAUAUAGUUCAUAAUUGUAAUAUACUAAGUGAAUGUUGUAUA